CUGGAGGAAUCGCAACACCCCUUGUUUAUGGCCAACUUCUAGCUUUGUACCUGCUGCAUAAUGACAUGAAUAACGCACGAUAUCUCUGGAAAAGAAUUCCUCCUGCUAUCAAAUCUGCAAAUGCGGAACUUGGUGCAGUUUGGUCAGUAGGACAAAGAAUCUGGCAGAGAGACUUUCCGGGAAUCUAUACAACUAUCGGUGCGCAUCAGUGGUCUGAGACUAUUCAACCCAUCAUGGAAGCACUUAGAGAUGCAACUAGGAGACGAGCCUUUGGACUGGUUUCUCAGGCAUAUACGUCAAUAGUUGCAGAUGAUUUCGCAGCCUUUGUCGGGCUUCCUGUAGAAGAAGCUGUGAAAGGUGUAUUAGAACAGGGCUGGCAAGCAGACUUUUCAACUCGUAUGGUAGUGCCUAAAAAGCCAGGUGUGCUGGAAGCUUCCUUUAACAGAUUUAUCCCUUCAUCAGAACCUGCUCCUGUUCCACCAAUUCCAAACGAACAGCAGUUGGCCAGACUGACUGACUAUGUGGCUUUCCUUGAAAAUUGAUUACCUUGCUCCUGUAUUCAGAACAACUUGGGAAUCCUGUGUGCUGACAAUUCUAGAAAUCUAAGAUUUAU